AUGUUCAGUGGAAACACCUGUCAGAAUUCAACAUAUUGUGUGGAGAAAGGAUGUUUAUUCUCGAGCCGUAUGUGUGUAGAUAGUGUACCAUGUGCUUUAAUGCUCGCCAUUGUGUUUAAUAUGAAACUAGAAAAAGCGAGCGAGCCAAGUCGCAAAUCUUGUGGCAAGAGUUGCACAAGAAAUAUUUAUUGA